AUCGGCGGCGACGACCUCGUUCCGUAUCACGGCACACAGCUUCAACCGACGUUGCUUCGGACUCUGAGGCUUCCACAGGUUGUCCAAGUGUAGCUGAUCGCGGAGGUUUCUGGCACCAUACAAUGCGGCGACAUAGACUCGAUGUUGUAUUGGAUCUUGAUCGAACCAUGGUGAAUAGUUUCGAGAUUAGGAAGGCGGGCCGGUCGGAGUCAGAAAAUGUUACUCCCAUUCUGCAAGAGAUCUACCGGGACGAACAGGGACUACCCGAGUUGUACCUUUGCGUAAUUAGCGAUGUUAAAGUGUUGACUAAAAUACGUCCGCACGCGAGAGCUUUCAUCAGAGAGCUGGUGGCGAGUACCGAGUAUGGUGUAGUGAUAUCGAUAUAUACCAAAGGCAGUAGGCGGUAUAUGGAGGUAGUCAAACAGAUGCUGGAUCCAUCUGGGGAGCUCAUUAAAGGCCGUUUAGUGUCGAGAGACGAUGAGCCGUCUAAUAUGACGCCUGUGGAAAAGGACCCUGAUUUGAUAAUUAAUGCAUCGGUUGAAUCUGGUGCGCAAUUCGAUGGUAGUGAUGGUAGACUGUGCAAUGGAGAUAAGGAGACGAAGGAGAGUGAAAUGCGUAGAUGGUUUGUGGUCCUGGACGAUAGUCCUGAGGCCUGGCCAGAGGAGUUGAGAGAGGCGGGGAAUGUCGUGACAGCUAAUAUGUAUGAUUUCGCAGAGGUGAACCAUCGUCAGUUGUUGGCCGCGGUAGCUGCUAGCAGUGUAGGCAGGACGACUAAGCUUGCAGCCCUUCCUAGAGAUGAGGACGAUUUCCUAGAAUGGGUGGUGAUGGGGGUGCUGUGA